AUGGAGCCACGUGAUAGCUGCGACGCCUUCGUUCCCCGCGUCAGCAAGAAAAUGCUGCCGGAUGCUCCCGAGCGCAUGGACGACAAUGUCACGAACAACAAGCGCUCGCCGUUCCCCAACGAUGCCUACCAAGUUGGCUGGAUUUCGGCAUUGCCCAUCGAGCUGGCGGCGGCUCGCGGCAUGCUGGAUGAAGAGCACGGAAACCCACAAACGCUGCCGCAGAAGACGGACAACAACAGCUAUGUGCUUGGGCAAAUCCACAACCACAAGGUCGUCAUCGCGUGCCUCCCUAGAGGCGAGGUAGGCGCUAGUUCUGCCGCGCUUGUCGCCCAAAACAUGAUGUGGAGUUUCCCCAACAUACGCAUCGGCCUGAUGGUUGGCAUUGGAGCAGGUAUACCGAAAUGCUCUAGCAACGAGAACGAUGAUUCCGACGAUGACGACGAGGAAGAUGUGCACCUUGGUGACGUUGUCAUCAGCAGCGACAAGAAGACCGGCGGUGUGGUUGCUUACAACUUUGGGAAGAAGCUAGCAGAUGGAUCCUUCGAGGUUGCAUACCAUCUUGACCAACCACCUAGAGUUCUGCGUACGACUUUGGCGAACCUUGAGGCCACACACGAAGUUCGAGACAAUCUGAUACCCAAGUACAUCGGUCAGAUGCUUGUGAAGCUGCCAGGGAAAAUGCAGUCUAAGUGGAUGCAUCCUGGGUUAGAGAAGGAUAUACUGUUUCCACCUGACUACAUGCAUUCGAGCGGCAAGACCUGUAAGAACUGCGACCAGGAGAGAGCCCUAAGAAAGGCACUCGACAAGCGAGAAGAUGAUACCCCAGUGAUACACUAUGGAGUGAUCGCGACAGGCUCCGAGGUUGUUCGGCAUGCGCCAACGAGGAACCAAAUCAAAGGCGACCACAAUGCCAUCUGCCUGGAGAUGGAGGCGGCGGGCUUGAUGAACAACUUUCCCUGCCUUGUCAUUCGAGGCAUAUCAGAUUAUGCAGACUCGCACAAGAAUGAUCGAUGGCAUCGGUAUGCUGCAGCGGCGGCCGCGGCUUGUGCCAAAGAGUUGUUGAGUGUAGCCCAGCCUCUCGAAGUGGGAGAAAACCCGAGGGCGGCAGAACUCUUGUUGGGUGUGAAGGACCCUCCAAGUAGCGCAUUUGCUAAAUCCGUCUCAGUUGACAGUAAACUGGGCAAUGUAGAUGCCAAAAUCAAUACAUUUAUUACCGCAUCGCAAGAAGAGAAACUCAGGAAAUGGCUCUCAGCAUCCAGCCCUGAGUCAAACUUCAAGGCAGCCUUGGGCACAUACCAUCCUGGCACAUGUUUGUGGUUCCUCGAGGGAGAUAAAUUCAAGGACUGGAAGCUCGCAAGUCGCCAGAGUCUGUGGAUGCACGGAAUCCCUGGGUCUGGAAAGACAGUGAUGAGUUCGAAAAUUAUCGAUAACCUUCUCUCGGAGGAGACGAGUGUUCUAUACUUCUUCUUCGAUACACGAGACUCCGAAAAACAAACUCUAGAUGAUUUAUUGCGAUCCCUCAUCUUGCAACUAUACACUCAGGGACAAUCAAGAAACAUCCUCGAGAGCCUCUUUGUUGAUAAAUUUGGGGAGGGAAACAAGCGUCUCUUCUCCAAAGAUCUUGAGACCAUUUUUCUGUCCAUGGUAAAUUCUGUAGGACGAAGAUUCAAAAUCGUUCUUGACGCCCUGGAUGAAUGCACCACCAAAGAGGAUGUGCUUGAUUGGAUUCAAUCAUCCAGUAUUAAAUCCGAGCUUGCCGAGGUUGGCUUCUUUGUGACGAGUCGCAACGACAAAGCCAUAGAGUCUGGCUUCAAGAAGUGGCUCAACCAUGAUUGCUUCGUACCUCUUGAGACAGAGGCAAUCAAUAAGGACCUUACCGGCUAUAUUGAAUUCUGCCUGCAGUCGGGAAGAUAUUUUGAACGAUGGAGCAAUCAUCCUGGAGUCUUACUGAAAAUGAAACAAGGGCUAGUUCAGAGAGCUGAUGGAAUGUUUAGGUUGGCUGUUUGCCAGUUGGAAAUUCUCAAAUCAUGUAUCGAUAUCGGCCAAGUGGAAGACGAAAUCAAACGCCUACCAAGAACCCUGGAAGGAGUCUACGAGAGAAUUCUUCGCGACAUCAGAGAGCACCAUCACACAAGGGUGGUACGCAUCCUCCAAUUUCUUGUUUACAGCCAGCGACCCUUGAGAAUAGACGAAUUGGUAGACGCGAUCGCGGUAGACCUCUCGAGAGAACCAAAAUUUGAACCUGAAAGAAGAAUGCCAGAUCCACAGGGCAUCCUGGAGAUGUGUCCAAGUCUUCUUGCAAGUCGAGCGCUGAAGGCAGAAGACAACACCCAAGGCAACAAGACAAGCAUUGUUAUUGAGGUUGUUGAGUUAGCACACGCAACCGUCAAAGAGUAUCUCAUAUCUCUUGGUAGCGGCAGCAAGUUCUACUCCAUCGCGAACCCGGUGAGGGCUCAAGCUAUCAUAACCACGGUAUGCCUCGCUUACUUGUCCCAUAUCGAUGAAAAGGAGGCACAGAAGACCAGAGCUCAGUUUCCUCUUGCCCAGUUCUCGUCGAGGUACUGGCUACAAUAUGCAAAAGGCUCCGAUGAAGUUCUCGAAGUUCGGGAGGCUACCAUCCGCUUUCUCUCCGACGAAAGAACAAGGCAUAUAUGGAGUUCUUUGUAUAAUCCCGAUUUUCCUACGACCGACAUCCAAGGACCGUAUAAGAUGGCCACACCCCUGUACUACGCUUCGCUGGCUGGACUCGCACAUACGGUCACCAAAUUGCUCCAGAUGGGUGCCGACCCGAUGAAUGCCGAUGGGGGAGAGUACGGAAACUCACUUCAAGCUGCUUGCGCGGCUGGCCAAGAAGAGGUUGUCAAAAUCCUACUUCUUGAGCGGGGCGUAGACGUAAACAGGGCGGCAGGCUCACUUGGAAACGCGCUACAGGCAGCUUCGACGCAGAAGAAUGAGAAGGUCAUCAACAUGCUGCUUGAAAAGGGCGCCAAGUUACAAGCCAGCGGUGGGAAAUACGGGACAGCUUUGCAAGCCGCCUCCGCGCGAGGCAAUCACGGCGUGGUGAGGUUGCUGCUGGACAAGGGUGCGGAUCCAAACAUAUUCGGAGGAAAAUACAGCAAUGCGCUCUAUAUUGCUUGUCUACGAGGCCACGAGCUAAUCGUCAAAUUCCUCCUUGACCGUGGGGCUGACAGCAAUGCCGAGAGCCCUGAGCGUGGAAUCCCACUUCAAGCUGCGGCAGAGGAGAACCACACAUCUAUCAUUCAAUUGCUUCUCGAUAAUGGGGCGCAUAUCAAUAAACAAAGUGGGCUCUAUGGCUCUACGCUCCAGCUGGCAUGCGUGCGUGGGAGCGAACAAGUAGCCAAACUACUUCUCGACAAAGGAGCCGACCCCAAGCAGACAGGCGGCCUAUUUGGUAGUCCACUCCAAGCAGCCUCGGCUCGUGGGGAUGUCUUACUAGUGCGACUGAUGCUUGGGAAAGGGGCUGAUCCCAACGCAUGGGGAGGCUACUACAAGACAUCGAUACAGGCAGCCUCAGCCAACGGUUAUGUCAAGGUGAUGAAACUUUUAAUUGAUAGUGGAGUAGACGUGAACGCUCAUGAUAGAGCCGACGAAUAUGCGUAUGGACCAAAUAGAGACCGGGACGAUGACGUACGCCGCGAGCCAACAAAUGCCCCAGUGGCCAAAGAGGAUACACAUCGCGAAGAGCGCCACUGGGUUGAGAAACUGGCCACGAUGGAGACGAACGAGCUUCAAGAGGAGAGCUUGCUUGUUCAACAGCUUUUAAUCGACGAAUCCAAGCCAAGGCAGAAACAAGACGAAGAUCCGAAUCCAGGGUUACUGUAUAGGACUCGAGAAACCCCGUGGGAGAGAUUUGAACAAAUCUUGCUCAGGAGAUUGAAGAAAAACCGCCUACGUGAUGGAGUUCACAGCAACGCCCUACAAGCAGCGUCCGCGCAAGGAUGGACUGAGGCAGUCGCUCUCCUACUCGAAGCCGGGGCGGACACAAACACUUGCGAGGGUAUCUAUGGAAACCCAUUGCAAGCCUCGUCAGCGCAAGGCCAUGCAGAAAUCGUGAAGCUUCUCAUUGAUCAUGGAGCCAACCCCAACAAGCUCGGGGGAUUCUACGGCACCGCUCUGCAGGCAGCUUCAGCACGGGGCCAUGACCAAGUAGUAGCCGUCUUACUAGAUAAUUGGGCUGACCCCCGGCGAGAGGGAGGAGCAUUCGAUGCUUCUCUCCCAGCUGCUGCGGCGAGGGGACACACCCGAAUUGUCGAACUCCUGCUUCAACACCCCGGCUACUUGAAUCCCGAGGAGACCAUGUUUCAGAGGGCUCUUUACUCUGCUUCGGCUGGCGCAUAUAUCGAUAUCGUCAAACUGUUACUAAACAGGGGCGCUGAUAUGGACGUCGAAGAACAGUGGUAUAUUGGUGCAUUGCAAAUAGCCACAAAGCUCAGGCAUUUUGAAAUCGUGAAAAUGCUCCUGGAGAACGGGGCCGGCAUCAACGUACCAAUAAUCGGAGGCCGAGAGGAACACCCCCUCUACGUGGCCUUGAUACAAGGGAAUAUCGACAUUGUCAGGCUUUUUAUCGAAGCUGGGGCAGACUUGAACACGGGCAAAGAGGCAGACAACACCCCUCUUUGCGCUGCAGCAAGAGGUGGCCAUGCAGAGAUGAUCCGACUUCUGAUUAAUCACGGUGCGGAACUAGGUUCGUCAGCUAAUAAUGAUCUUUCGAGCCCCGAACUCUCGGCGGCAGUCAAAAAUGGUCAUGAAGAAGUUGUCGCUCUUCUGCUCGAGCUCGGUGCCACGUUUGAUGGGUUCACACUUAAAGCUGCCUGCUACGGCAAGCAUGAAACUAUUUUGCGAAUGCUGGUUCGAUCACCAGCGAUGUUGACUGUGAUGGGUGAUCGGAAGCGUGAAUGGAUUGUAUCCAGCGCCUUGCAGCAAAUCGCACGAGCUGGUGAUGAGAAUCUACUACGCAUUCUGCUUGAAGCAGGUAUCUCUCCUGGGCCAGGCACUCUACAGGAAGCAUCUGCCAGGGGCGAUAUAGAGAUGGUCAAAUUGCUUCUGCAAGCCGGAAGCGGCAUCGACGAGCAAGAAGGAAAACAUGGGACUGCUUUGCAGGCGGCGUCCAAGCAAGGGCAUCUGGAUUUGUUGCACUUCCUCAUUGAGGAAAAUGCCGAUGUCAACGCUGUUGGCGGGCAAUUUGGGACUGCACUCCAAGCCGCUGUGGCCAGUGGCCACGAUCACAUCAUUGACGCUCUGCUAAAGGCUGGUGCUGACAUCAACGCGGAAGGUGGCUGCCGUGGCAGCGCGCUUCAAGCUGCUGCAGAUAGUGGCAAUGAGAAGCUUGUCGAGACCUUGCUUGGACUAGGAUGCCAGACGAUCAACACAAACCGAGGGAAGUACGGUAAUGCGUUGCAGGCAGCCUCCAGAGAAGGCCACUUGGGCAUCGUGCGGCUACUUCUCGAUCAUGGAGCGGCCGGAAACACGACGGGUGGAAAGUAUGGGACUGCUUUGCGAGCUGCCGUCAGUAAGGGCCAUCUUCGAGUCACGGAAUUACUAUUAGACUCGGGCGCCCUCGUGGAUAUGGAAACGAGAAAGGAAAGGCCCUCAAGACGAUACUCAAUUUCAAGAUACCCAUGGUCUUGGGGUGAAAGCUUAGGUGCCAAUACUCUCGACUCCUCGGAAGACAAUGGGGUUGAUGAAGAAAUCUAUGAGCUUUUUCCAACAAACCCUACAGACACGGACGGUGAGGUCCGCGAAACCCCCAUUCCCGUUCAAAAUAACAACAUGGAAGGAGGAGUUUCCCAGGACAUGAUUCCAUUCACUCCCCACGCAAUUUCAAUUGGGCCCGGCCCGAGUUUAGAUGACCAAGGAGGUGAUGGCCUAGAGGAUGCAAACGAAGAAGCCGAAGAUCAAGCAUCCGAGCUCGAGCGGUCUCAUCGUGAGAUACUCGACGAAGAUUGCCAGUGGGAGAGACUUGAGUUAGUCCAUGGCGAAGAUAGACAAGACGACGAAAUAAGCUGGACCGAUGAAGUCACGCACAGCACGCUCAGGUUGGCUGCACUGUCCGGGAAUGAGCUUCUCAUUCAACCUCUCCUAGAUGCCGGCGCCAGCUUCAUGGACUUGGAUAUCUACGAAGAGUUCCCAACCGCUCAUGACCCCACGAUCAAAGACGGCAUUAUUGAACGCUUGGUUGGCGCCGGCGCAGACCACACAAUGCUGGACAGAGCAGUCCGAGUGGCAGCCCAAAACGGCGACGAAACAAGCCUAAGCCGAUUGAUCCAGUGGGCCGCAACUCAUGGAGUUAAAACUUCCUACAGUGAAGCACUGUAUGAGGCUGUAAGACACGACAACGAAAAACUUGUAAAAAUUCUCUUGGAGAACGGGGCAGAUCCGAGUGCGGAAGAUUACCGCAUAGACAACCCCUUCUUUGUCGCCUUGGAUAGUGGCAAUGAGUCACUGUGCCUUCUCCUCUUAGAUGCGAAGGCCAACGUGUUUUCAUCUUAUCAAGAUGGGUUCGAGAAAGCGGCUAGGAAGGACUUCCGCCGACUUAUGCCGGCUCUCCUGAGUGUCGAUAUGGAUUCUGAUACCAGAACACAGAGCUAUAACUCAGCGCUCCGGACUGCGGCUCGCUGCGGCAAGGGAUGCAUCAUGGAUAUCGUUUUUGAGAUGGCCGAGAAAUACUCUGUCCAGUUGGAUUAUUCCGCGCCGUUGAUGUUUGCAGCAAGGGGAGGGAAUGAAAACGCUGCAAAACUUUUAAUAAAGAAAGGCGCUCAGCUUAACUUAGAGAACUGGGCUGACAAGGCUGAAAUGGUACGGGUCAUCAAUACUGGGGAUGAGUAUCUUGCGAGGCUGCUCCUUGGAUCAUGCUCUCAAUUCGCUGACCAGAAAGAGACCGACGUACGUAUUCUGCACCUUGCCGCGAGGAAGGGUUUCACGCGCAUCGUCGGCAUGCUAUUAGAGAAUGGACUCGGUCCGGCGAGCCCGUCCUCGAAAUAUCAAAAUGUCUUCGAGGCUGCCGCCGCAGGAGGUCACAGUGACAUGCUUGAUCUUCUAUGGGGCUCUUCUGGGCUCAAGGACGAACACAGCAGCAUAGUGCUUCGGUCCGCAUGUCGACACGGCAGUCCUCAGAUGGUGGAGAGAAUCCUGAGAACUGGUGUCGAGGUCAACUCACAGGAUGAAAAGUACGGGACUGCGCUAUACGCCGCUUCAAAACGAGGCCACAGACGAAUUGCGAAGAUGCUGAUCGAAGCCGGCGCUGAUGUUAAUGGCCAGACCGCUACCUUUGGGAGCGCCCUUCAAGUCUCUGCAGCUCGUGGGCGUGUACGGAUAGCGGAGUAUCUGCUCGAAAAUGGUGCACGCAUCACCAGAGAGGAUGAGAAUGGACGAAACACGCUUCAGGCAGCUGCCACGGGCAUCCAUAUUCAUGUAAUCGACCUGCUUCUGCGCCACGGUGCAGACCUAAACCCCCAGGCCGGCCGGUGGGGAGGCGCCAUCCAAGCUGCUGCCAGCGUCGGCAGUCUCAAGACGAUCAAAUUUCUGCUUACCCGUGGUGCCGAUGUGAAUGCCAUGGGCGGCAAGUACGGCUCCGCUCUCCAUGUAGCUGCUUACCGCAAUAAGAAUCGGACGGCAGCUCUGCUGUUAGAAGAAGGCGCUUCCCCUGAUGCAACUUGGCGCCAGUAUGGCACCCCGCUUCACACCGCUAUAACCAAGAAGCAUUUCCUAAUUGCCCACGCGUUGGUCGAGAGAGGAGCGAACGUCAAUGUCCAGGGCGGCUUGUACGGGAAUGCUCUGCAAGCUUUAGCAGUCGUUGAGCCAUACUACUCCUUCGCAAAGGACUUGAUCGAACGUGGCGCCGAUGUCAAUAGCGUUGGUGGGAAGUUUGGAUGUGCUUUGCAGGCGGCAGCGAAGUUUUCCCCAAAACUUCUGAAAAUUCUUCUCAAACGAGGAGCUGAUCCUAAUAUCCAAGGCGGAGAGUACGGAGGCCCGCUCCAGGCUGCCUGUUCUACUGACAAGAAGAAACUAAUCAAAAUGUUGAUCAAGGCUGGGGCUGAGGUAAAUUCCCAAGGUGGGAGGUUUGAAAGUCCUCUAAUAGCGGCAUGCAUGUUGGGGAGCAAGGAAACCAUCGAAGUGCUGCUAGACCGCGGGGCAGAUGUGAACUUGUGCUUGCAAGAUGGGCAGUUGGGAAGCCCACUCCAUGCGGCUUGCUUUGCCCAAGACAAAGAGGUCGUUGAACUUCUACUGUCUCGCGGCGCCGAUGUUGACUUCCAAUUUGGUGAGCACGGCAAUGCACUGCAGGUCGCUUGUAUGAUGCGCAGGCAAGAUAUUGUUGAGGUUUUGCUAGCGAAGGGAGCCAACACGGACGCAACAGGGGGGAAGUUCGGAGGCGCGCUCCAAGCCGCAUCUUGGGCCGGCUAUCCGGAGAUUGUGAAAAUGUUACUUGAGCACGGAGCCGAGGUAAAUCUCAAGGGUGGCCUGUUCGGAGACGCCCUUCAAGCGGCUUCCAGCGCAUAUAUGUUUCCUAUUGGACAUGGCCGCCCCCUUGCACAUUUCGAAGUCACCGUGGAUGCUGAAGGGGUACAGGGACGGCCAGAUAAUGAAGGCCGCGCCUCCCCUAGCCCAUCUUUAGCCACGGACGAACGUCCUGUCUACCCUCACCCCCCAUUCUUGGCGCAUCCUGGUGCUGAGGACACUAAAUCUGAGUAUCGUCCAUGGCAUCAUGCGGAAGUUAUUCAGCUGCUGCUGGAUAAUGGCGCCUGUAUCCAGUCCGAGGGUGGCCACUUCGACAACGCCCUGCAAGCAGCAGUGAUUUUAGGAAACGAGUUGCUGGUGGGAAGACUGAUGGGUGCUGGUGCCGAUGUUAACGCCAUAGGCGGACCAUUUGGCACGUCUUUGGUUGCCGCUGCUGCUUGCGGUUUGACGCCUAUUGUCCGACGACUGUUGGACGCUGGAGCGGGUAUUAAUUCACAAAGCACAUCGUACGGAACCUCAUUGAUUUCAGCUGCUGCUGAAGGCCACAAUGACGUUGUCGGGCUUUUGCUCGAGCGAGGUGCUGAUGUCCAUGCAAUAAACCAAGAAACUAGAGAAACGGCACUCAUGGUUGCAACUAAGCAAGGCCACGAGGAGAUUAUCAAAAUGCUAGCGGACGCAGGGGCCAAUGUCAAUAAACCGGAGGAAGCCAGUGCAACUGUCCAUUGA